AUGGAGAAUAUGAUCGGACGGCCUUUGAUAGAAAAAAGAAAAAAGGAAACUCAUAUAAGCAUAAGAAAGGAUAACAUAUUGAAAGAUAUUGAAGGGGGGGAAAAAAAAAAAGAAAAAAAAAUUAAUGAAAUAUUAUUUUUGUGUCUUAUAUGCCUACUAGUGAUAAUAUGGUUAAUUUACAUUUGUUCUAAAAAAGAUAUAUUUUUAUCAUAUUUAGAAAAUGAAAAGGAGUAUGGAAUUAUUAUAGAUGCAGGAUCAAAUGGAACCCGAAUCCAUUUAUUUGAAUGGAAAAGAAAAGAAUAUAAAGUAAUAAAUAAGAAUGAAGAAAAUAAUUUAACAAAAGUGAAGGAAAUAUUUAAUGCUAAUAUAAAAAAAAGUAUAUCUACUAUUUCUUAUAAUGAGAUAAAAGAUAUAUUAAUAUAUUUAAUUAAUAAAGUUAUUGAUCAUUUAAUAGAAAAAAAAAUUUAUAUAUAUAAUAAAAAAAAAUGGAAAUCAUAUCCAUUUUAUUUUGAAGCAACAGGAGGAAUGAGAAAUUUAAAACAAGAAGAAAGGAAUUUAAGAAUGAAAUAUAUAAAAAAUAUAUUAUCAAAUGAUAAUUAUAACCCUUUUAAUUUUUUAAAUGAAUAUGCAAGAAUUUUAUCAGGAGAAGAAGAAGGAAUAUAUGGAUGGCUAGCUGUAAAUAAUUUAUUAAAUUCUAUUUUUUCUAAACCUAAUAAUACAUAUGGUGCAAUAGAUUUAGGAGGAUCUUCUACUCAAAUAACAUUCUAUCCUAUAGAUGAUAAUAUAUUAGAAAAUUAUAAUUCACUUUUAUUAAAUAAUAAAUUAAUAAGAUUAUAUUCUCAUUCAUUUAUAGGAUAUGGUUGGAUAGACUCAUUAUUUAGAGUAAAUAUAUAUUUAUGUCUAGGAAUAAUAAAAAAGUUGAGUGCAAGAAAUAUAAAGAAAAUAUCACAACAUGAGGAUUAUUAUAAUAAUUAUAUUAAUGAUUAUUUUUAUAAGAACUUACCAAAUUAUAAUUCGUUUUUUUUUUCUUCAAAUAUCAAAAUAAAUAACAACAAUAAAGAAAAUAAUAAUCACCAUAAUAAUGACCAUAUAAAUGAUAAUGUUAAGAAACAAAAUUACACUUAUAAUUAUUAUAAACAAAAAUACAUUUAUACAAAUCCAAAAAAAGUAUAUUAUAUAAAAGAUAAUAUAAAUAAUUCAAAUAAAUCAUAUCAAAACAUUUGGGAUAUAUUAUUACAAGAAAUUAUAAAAUAUAUACAUUAUUCACAAAAAAAUUAUCCAAUUGGAGGAUAUUCUACAGAUACAUAUGAUUAUACAUACAAUAUAUAUGAUGACCAACCAUAUGAUAUUGAAAAUUUUAUAAAGACAAUAAAAGAUUUUAAAAGAAACUCAAAAGAAGAUACUAUAAUGGUUGUACAAAAUCCAUGUUUGCCUUAUCCUUAUGAAAUGAAAAUAAUAUUGCCUACGUACAAUCUGAUAACUAGCCAAUUUGUCAUUCCAAAGAAUGUGAAUGGAAAUAAAAUAGGAAAAAUAUAUGACAUAAAAAAUAAUGAUAAUAAUUAUAACCAUAAAGAUAAUAUUAAUGAUAUGUACGAAUUAAAUAGUAAUGAGGGCUAUGAUAAUUUUAUUUCAAAUGGUUUUCUUAGAUUAAAUAUAAUAAACAAUAAUAUGUCCCUUAUGGAUAAUAUAUAUGAAGAUUUUAAAAAUAAGGGAUAUUUAAAUAAUGUCUUGAAAAAAAUAAAUGAUAAUAAAAUGAAUGAUAAUCUGAAGAAUGAUAUGAUAAAAUAUCUGUUUGAAAAAAUAAUUAAUGAAAAAAUUAAAGAACUAUAUAUAAAUAUAUCAGUAAAAAUAAUGGGAUCCAAUAAUUUUAAGCAAUGUUUAGAAUGUACAAAAAAACUUUUUUAUGAACAACCUUGUUUUCUAUCUUCUUGUAGUUUCAAUGGAAUAUAUCAACCUAAUCUAGAAAACAAUCAAUUUGUUUUACAUGGUCAAUUUAAAAAAGUUAUAACCUAUUUAGGUUUUAAAAAAUAUCUACAAUUAAAUAAAAUGAAGAAACAUAUACACAAAAUUUGUAACAUGAACUUAUACGAAUUAACAAAAAAUAAUAUGUCUAAUAAAAUUUUGGAUAAUCAAAUUACUACAUUUUGUUGGAAAUCUAUAUGGUCAUAUUCUUUAUUAUUCUAUGGUUUUAAGUUUAAUGAAAAUAGUAAACUUUUAAUUAUAAAUGAUGAUAUCAAUAUUUCAUAUGACUCACCAGGUACUUCACAUACAUGGAAGCAAUAUUGUAAUAGGGUUGAAAAUAAGGAACAAAAUAAUUAUUUACACGACCAAGUAUAUUAUAAUAAUGAAUAUAACUUAAAUAACAAAAUAGAUAAUAUUAGUUGGACUCAUGGAUCUAUGAUAUACCAAAUAAAUACAUUUCAAGAGCAUGUUAUUUCAAGAAAAUUUAAAUUAUACAAUGAAGUUCUCUUUGCGCUUUUCCUUAUAAUAUUUAUUAUUCUUAUUAUUCUAGGAGGCUAUAUUUUUAAAUUCAAGGAAAUAUUAAAAAACAAAUAUCGAUUUUUAUAA